CUACUGCUGAUCUGUAGGUUCACUAUCACCUCAGACUGCUGUGUUGACUGGAACACAGCAGGGGGGGGGAAGGGACUUGACUGUCAGUUGGUAGUGGUGGAUGUGACUGUAUUAACACAGACUUGGGGAGGGUGCUGAACUCUGAGGCGCUGGUGGUUAACCUAACUAACAGAAAUUAGAACGAAGACUACAGAUUUUUACUAGAGGAUAACCUAACUAACAGAAAUUAGAACAAAGACUACAGAGUUUUACUAGAGGAUAACCUAACUAACAGAAAUUAGAACAAAGACUACAGGAUAACCUAACUAACAGAAAUUAGAACAAAGACUACAGGAUAACCUAACUAACAGAAAUUAGAACAAAGACUACAGGAUAACCUAACUAACAGAAAUUAGAACAAAGACUACAGGAUAACCUAACUAACAGAAAUUAGAACAAAGACUACAGCGUUUUACUAGAGGAUAACCUAACAGACUUGAGAGAGGACGUAGGCUACACUCGGGUAAAGGUCAAGAACUGUUUGAUUCCCUCACACAGAGGGAGAGGAUGGAGGUUGUUUUCAAGGAGGGGAUGCUCUACGUUAAGGGAAACAAGUUUGGAAAGAAAACGUGGAGGAAGACGUGGAUCGUUCUCUACCCCACUAGCAUUUUCGGCAUCGGUCGAGUCGAAUUCCACGACAUCCUUGACGGAGGCCACACAUCCACCAAGUCCAAAUCCACCCAGUGUAGGAGGAUUGUUCAACUGUGUGACUGCCUCAGUGUUACCCUGGCCCCAGAGGAGAGAUUCGCUCCAGCACUACCUAACGAUGACUGUAGAGCGUUCGACCUGAACACCACACAAAGAAGAUACAUCCUGGCCUCAGAGAACUACCAUGACUGGGUGGGGGCUCUCUGCCAACUGGCCUUCCAGAAAGAGCCUGGACACGCAGAGACCAGAGAGAAGGAGAGAGGAGGUGGGAUGGGGAUACCCAUGGAGGAGAAUGAGUUGUAUGCUACCUGGAAGACAGCCCAAUACCAGGUGACAGUUAAGACCAAUGAGGCGUCGAAGAGAUGUCAGCUGACAGGAAGUUACCUCCUCUUGCCAGAACGAGACGCCAUAUUGCUCCAGGACCUCCAGACUGGUGUUACCGUCCACUGCUGGCCCUACCACCUGCUACGACGCUUCGGACAGGUCAAGGGAGGCUUCAGCAUCGAGGCGGGCCGUCGCUGUAGCUCGGGAGAGGGUCAAUUCACCUUCAUGUCUAAGCACGCUCCUAAGAUCUACAAGGCCAUGGAAGAUGCUCUUACUCUGCACAGCGAGAUGGAGAAUGAAGACGCCAAGACCUCUAUCCAGCCUCCUAGCAACUCAUCGUCUCCUCAACUUCCUCAUUCUUCCACCUCUACUAACCUUCCACAUAACUCAUCGUCUCCUCAACUUCCUCAUUCUUCCACCUCUACUCACCUUCCACAUAACUCAUCGUCUCCUCAACUUCCUCAUUCUUCCACCUCUACUCACCCUCCACGUAAGUCAUCGUCUCCUCAACUUCCUCAUUCUUCCACCUCUACUCACCCUCCACGUAAGUCAUCGUCUCCUCAACUUCCUCAUUCUUCCACCUCUACUCACCCUCCUAUCAAACACAGAGUCCACACCCGCAUCGACCUAUCAGACAGACCCACUGCCCCUCCUCUACCAAUGAGAAACAACCUCUUACAUAGCCCUCCAAUCAUAUCUCCUGUUACUGAACAGCUUCCGGGGUCUGAGCCAAUGGCUGACUCUGAUUGUGAUCUGUAUGCCAAUAUAGAGGACCACCUCCUCCCCAGAAUGAAACACCCGCCAACCCCACUCAGGAUGCAGCACAGCCUGCAUCUCUAUGAGGAGGAAGAGGAGGAGGAGAGGUGUCACUCCCUGGAUACUGUUGACCUGAACAAACUGAGGCUGGGGAUGGGGCUGGGGGAGGGGUCUCCUUAUUACAACCUGAGAAGGGGUAUUACUGGGAGGGCAGAGGAGGAGGAGGAGAGAGAGAAGGAGAGUAUGGUGGGUAGCUCACAGUGUAUCUAUGCUUUAGUGAACAAGCCCUCUGAGACCCAACCACUGUCUCUGGCCUGGUCCCUGCCUCAACCCCAAACCCAGUCCCGGUCUAUGCCAAACCUCUCCCGCCUGCAGGCCCAGGCCCAGCUACAGGGGGAAGAAGAGAUGGGCUCGGGGGGCUCCAUCACCCCCAACCAGAACCCUAUCAGCUUUAAACAGAAGCUCUCUGACAUCCUGGGUAAGGAUCUGGCUAAGUUCCAGCAGCCCCUACCCCCCCUGGCCACAGUGACACCAAGAGGCAGCGAAUACUAAUGUCUAUCGUUACUAAAAGUCUUGUGACUGUUAAACCAGCUCUAUCAGGACUAGAAGACAUGGGGAGGGGACUGUUAUACCAGCUCUAUCAGCUCUAUCAGAACUAGAAGACAUGGGGAGGUAACUGUUAUACCAGCUCUAUCAGAACUAGAAGACAUGGGGAGGGGACUGUUAUACCAGCUCUAUCAGAACUAGAAGACAUGGGGAGGGGACUGUUAUACCAGCUCUAUCAGAACUAGAAGACAUGGGGAGGGGACUGUUAAACCAGCUCUAUCAGAACUAGAAGACAUGGGGAGGGGACUGUUAUACCAGCUCUAUCAGAACUAGAAGACAUGGGGAGGGGACUGUUAAACCAGCUCUAUCAGAACUAGAAGACAUGGGGAGGGGACUGUUAUACCAGCUCUAUCAGCUCUAUCAGAACUAGAAGACAUGGGGAGGGGACUGUUAAACCAGCUCUAUCAGCUCUAUCAGAACUAGAAGACAUGGGGAGGGGACUGUUAAACCAGCUCUAUCAGAACUAGAAGACAUGGGGAGGGGACUGUUAAACCAGCUCUAUCAGAACUAGAAGACAUGGGGAGGUGACUUUGAGUGCCUAAAGAACUGCCAGUAUUAAAAGUGCACAAUUGAAUCAAAAGUGUAUUGUGUGCAUUUGUAAAUUGCAUUUAUUUCAGCAUUUAGCCUAGAAAUCCCCCCAACCUCCCUCCACCCCCUGGUCCCAGUGAAGCUGAAUAUACAGUGGCCGUAAUUAUCACUACUAGGACUCUGUCCCUACGUAAUCUCAUCUACCCAGAACAAUAUCAUGUACGUUAUGUCGUCUGUUCACGAGACAUGCUACGAGAGAAGGAAACCAACCAGCAUUAUUCAAAAUAUAGGAUUCCAUCAAAAGUGUUGUGUGUGUGCAUUUGUAAAUUGCAUUUUUAUUUCAAUAUUGACAUAUUAUGGCUGUAUCUCUUGCAUUAAAUUAAAAUAUAUUGAAACAACAUAUUGAGUUGACUAAAUGAAGGUGAUACAUUUAUGUCCCGUGCCAAUAAAGUCCUUGGAAUAUACAGUGGUGAAGCUGUUGACAUUAAAUCAGACAGAGUGAAUUAUUCUGGAAAAUUUAGGAGAAAAAAAAAAAUUUCUAAAUAUUUAUCUACCAAAUUAAAAAAACGUUUUUUCCCCCCUAUCAAAUCUAUUCUUGGAAGAAAACAACAAAUAACAAUAGAUUAAUAUCAAAGUAUUUUUGUUUAUAUAUAUAUAUAUAUAUAUAUAUAUUUUAAUUAUUAUUACAUAUGCAUGCCAUCAAACCGUGAAACCAAGUGUUCCAGGUGUAUUUAGUCAAUAAAGUG